GUUCCAAAACCUCAGUGCUUGUAAGAAAUCAGAAAAUGUAAAAAGAGAUCUGAGGAGAGGAUGAAGAAUUUUAGAGCUUCACCAAGAUUAGAAUUUCUACAUAAACCUUCUCCGUAACUUACAGAUCAGACCAAAUAAGAGCGGUUUCAAGAUUAGAAGCAAGAAUCAGAGUUGUUUUAAUCAGACCGAAUCCUUCCGGAUCUCAUGGAAAGAGAGCGCUGCAAAAUUGGGUGUUUCUUUGUCCAAAUCAUUUAACAAUCUGUCAAGUCAAAUUGCAAGUUGUUUGGUUUAUCGGAUUUAUAUUAAUUGUUUUUAAGUAUGCAAACAAAACAACUAAAUAAAGUCAAUAACAUUGGUUUCUGGAAAAAGAAGAUCUCGAGAGAUGGAGGAAGAACUCAAGAACUUCAUCAAGGUUUGGGUUUCUGCAAUCAUUUCAGUAACUUACUGUUACUACUUACCAACUAGAAUCAAAUCUGGUGUUGUUCGAUUACUCUCUGUUCUUCCCGUUUGUUUUAUGUUUCUCCUUCUUCCUCUGUUUUUCUCCUCUGUUCACUUCUCUGGUUCCACUGCUUUUUUCCUCACAUGGCUGGCCAAUUUUAAGCUAAUCCUCUUCUGCUUCGACCUAGGUCCUCUUUUCCCAGUUCCACCUAGUAUCUCUCAGUUCAUCUGCUUCACUUGCUUCCCCAUCAAGCUACUACAAAACCCUAAAUCUCAAGAUCAGUUGCCUAAAUGGGUUUUCGCCAUUAAAGUUGCCAUAUUUGGUGUACUGUUGCAAAUGUAUGAAUACAGACAAUAUAUGCCUCCGGCUGUGCUAUUGGUUCUAUAUUCUCUGCAUAUAUACUUGGAGUAUGAGAUUCUCUUAGCUCCUCUGAAACUUCUGCUUAGUAUCUUUCUUGGGUGCGACCUCGAACCACAGUUCAAUGAACCAUACUUAGCCACCUCUCUUCAAGACUUCUGGGGUCGUCGCUGGAACCUCAUGGUCCCCGCUAUUCUCCGACCGGCCGUCUACGUUCCGGUGCGACGAAUGGCUUGUCGGAAAAUGAACUCUGACCAAGCAUUGUUCUUGGGAGUUUUUGUGUCCUUCCUAGUCUCCGGUGUGAUUCACGAGCUGAUCUUCUUCUAUUUCACACGUGAAUCGCCGACAGGUGAAGUCACUUGGUUCUUUGUAUUACAUGGAGUUUGCACUGCAGCGGAAGGUGCCGCCAAGAGGACGAGCUUGGUGCGGCGGUGGAAGACGUGUCCGAUGGUUUCACGAGUACUCACGGUGGGGUUCGUGGUUGUGACCGGUGGUUGGUUGUUUUUCCCUCAGCUUACAAGGAGUGGCAUGAUGGAGAGACUCGCUGAUGAAGCCUUUUUGUCCAUUGAUUUCUUCAAGCACAAGUUUGUCUACCUUUGGAGACAUUAAAUUGCUAAAAUCGUAGAUUAAUAUUUUCAACUGAUUUGAUCAACCACAUAUUUUUUUAUGGAUU